CGCAUUGUACAAAACGAUGCAUUGCCAUCUCAAACAUCCCCGUGAACUAAAUAUUAUGGAGUCUAGUAGGAGACACUCCGCCCUCUUGUGGGCAAUUGCUCUGUCUUGGAGCGUCAUCUGCAUAAAUGUUUUUAUCACAUCAGCUGAGUGGCACGGAGACCUGUCAGACUAUGAGUUGGCCAGCUUUGGCAAUCCUGAUAUUUUGAAUGAACCCCAAAGUCGUGAUUCAAAGUUCAACCAUUUUACCUUGAGUGACCAUGGCGAUGUGUAUGUUGGAGCUGUCAAUUGGUUGUACAGGUUGGACGGUAGUUUGGAAGAGAAACAGAAUGUUUCAACCUGUGAUGCCAGCAGGCCAGAUAGUGUGAUGCCCUGCCACCUUACAAAUAACUACAACAAGAUACUGGUAGUUGACAGUACUCGGCCAAACAGUUUGAUAACCUGUGGCGGUGUAUAUGAUGGUAUUUGUCAGUUACGGCAGUUACAGGAUAUUAGUAACGUGAUGAUGGAGUCAGUUCCUUACGUUGCUGGGUUUGAGGAUGCAUCUACUGUUAGUCUAAUUGCUCCAGGAAGAGUUGGACAACAGAUGCUUUAUGUGGCUGUUACGUUUACUGGGGAAAAUAUUGAAUCUGAAGGAUUCUUUCCAGCAAUUACAAAAAGAAGCCUGGGCAGCAGUUCCUUUUUAUCAGCCCGCAUAACGGAUACAGUCUUUUCCAAUAACUUGGCAGAAAGGGAAUCUUAUACCAUAAAGUAUGUUGAGACUUUCGAGCUUGAUGGAUUCACAUAUUUCGUUGCCUCCCAGAAAGAGGAUUUGAAUUCCGCGCAGUUUGUUUCUAAGAUGAGCAGAGUCUGUCACAGCCAUGAAACCAUGGACGCAUACACAGAAAUUACCUUACAGUGCAGUGGAUCAGAUGGCAGUGUGUACAGCUUGGUGCAAGCAGCUCACUUUGGACCAGCAGGACCUGAUCUAGCGGCAUCAUUGGGUCUCAUUGCAGACGAGCAGGUGCUGUAUGCUGUGUUUGCCAAGAACCAAGGAGCUCCGGGUACCAGUGAUGUACCCAUCGAUCACUCAGCAUUGUGUGUGUACAGGAUGACGGAUAUCUUGGAUGCCUUCAGAGAAGCAGUGCGGGGAUGUAUUCAGGAUGGGAACAAUAAUGACAAUGGGCCAAACAAGAUCGACUAUUUGGAGGGUUCUUUUUGCAGACCAUUCGUGAUUCCCAUUCUGGAUCGCUAUUUCUGCAUACCCGUGGCCAAUGAUCAAAAUCAAACGCCAUUAUUCAAGUACGCCAAGGGCAUAGGCCCCGUUCCAUCUGCGGCAAUUCUAGAGCUGCCUGGUACUCUCAUGUCAUCCAUCAUAACUACAAUAGAAGUCAACCACACUAUCGCUUUAAUCGGGACAUCGAGGGGGCAUCUACUCAAGGUUCAUGUGGAAAGUAACACUACCAGCCGACUUUAUGAACGCAUUAGCGUUGACACCAGUUCAGUUCUGCCAGAUGUCAAGGUUAAUGAAUCAACACGUGUACUAUUUCUCUUGACAGAACAAAAGUUGGUGAAGCUUCGCGUUGAGAAUUGUGGCCAAUACACUACAUGCGAAACGUGUAUUGGGACUGAUGCACGGAAUGAUGGAGACCCAUAUUGUGGAUGGUGCACUCUGGAACGAAGAUGUACGAGAUAUUCCGACUGUCCUUUACCUGAUGUAUCUACUCGAUGGUUGGCCUACAAUGCAGCUCAGUGCAUAAGUAUGACCGAUGUAGCUCCCUAUGAUAACCUGCCAAUCACAGUCACUGAGCAACAGAUAACCCUGACUGUGCAGCAGUUACCCGAUCUAGGGACAAGCCAGAGUUAUGAAUGUUAUUUCGGGUCAUUCGAAUCUCCAGCUACGAAGAAUGGUGAAGUACUAGAGUGUACGUCACCUCCUAGUGAUGGGAUACCUACCAUUCCACAAGGAGAUGAUGCAGUACAUGUAGAUUUGGGUGUCGAGUCAUCUGAAACUUCAGUUCAAUUCAUAGACACCGACUUCUACUUCUACGAGUGUUCAACGCACACCUCCUGUGUAUCCUGCGUUGGUAGUCGCUGGGCCUGUGAUUGGUGCGUGUUUGAGAACAGAUGUUCUCAUGAAAGCUCCACAUGCACACGACCUAAUGAAAUCAUCAUUACUGGAGAUAACAAUCCAACAGCUUCUGCAGUCAAAGGACCUGAGUUUUGCCCUCAACUGCUGAACCGGACUGCUGAAGUUUUGCUUCCUAAUAACAUUAUGAGGAGCAUCACUAUCAUGACUGCAAACCUUCCAAAUGAAGCUGAGAUUUCUAGAUAUCAGUGCAGCUUAGACGUUGAGGGAUCACCUCAGUUUGUAGAUGCAGACCGCAAUGGAGACAGAGUCACAUGCCAAGAUAAGGCUUACACUUACCUAUCCAAUGAUGAACCAGAGAUGGAAGUGAAACUGUCUGUUUCAUGGACUGACACAAGCGGUGUUGCGCACAUCCUAGAUGACAUACAUGGAUUUGACGUAUCGUUGUACAAGUGUGAAGUCCAGAAGCCAGACUGCAGCCGUUGUGUUACAGCCCGCCCAGUACUCGAAUGUGUUUGGUGUGGUGCCAUGCCGAGCGAGUCUGGUGUUUGCAAACUGAAUGAAGUUUGCAGUGAAGAUAGGGUGACUUUGGAUAACGGAUUGAACUGCCCUGAUCCAGUUCUGAGUGAGGUAUUUCCCUUGACUGGGCCCAUUGAAGGCAACACAGUCAUAGAUGUGAUGGGAACUGAUAUCGGUCGGAGAUUUGAGGAUGUCGUGAGUGUGAUGGUUGGCGAUCAGCCCUGUGAUCUGGCUGGAUUAAACUCAGACUACCAAAUUGGAGCAAGUGUCAGCUGCAGAACGAGAGCAGAAAGUGAAGGAGCCGAGUUGGUUACUUUGACAGUCACGGGUGCAGAUGGUACCAUGCAACACAGCUUAGGAACGUUCAACUUUAACUUCAAAGACCCAUCGAUUACACAUGUCCAACCCCGCCUUGGCCCAGAAGCCGGUGGGACGGCAGUAAGUGUGAAUGGUACAGCCCUCAACACAGGACGCAAUAUUGCAGCGUUCAUCGGCGACAAUCCUUGCAACAUAACAAGCAAACCGGUUGAAUCCGUGCUAGAAUGCACAACCACUGCUGGCCAAGUUGGAUAUCAAGGUGUUGUGAAAGUCUCCUUUGAUGGGGCCAUGAGAACCUCAUCAGAUAUGUACACGUACACUGAGAAUCCCACCAUUACUAAGGUGUCUCCUCUGAAAAGCAUCAAUUCGGGUGGUCGAACUUUGACGGUUACUGGCACUUUUCUAAACACAAGUGGAAACCGUAAAAUCGUUGUCAGUAAUGCAAAUGAGGUGAGAAAUGAAUGUCAAGGUGAAUCUGCAACAGAGAUGCGGUGCCCAUCUCCGAACAUAACAGACCUCGACAUAAGCAAUGAAAACUUGACCUUUGGCUUCAUCAUGGAUGGGGUCACUCAACUGUUGACAUGGUCUCAGGAUAACGAUGUCGACUUGGAGUACUUUGAGGAUCCAGUGUAUAACAAAUUUAAAGGUGGUAUGAAGGACAAAGAAGGAGAAACCUUGACAAUCACGGGCAAGCGGAUUAACAGCGCCAUCACAGCUGUAGAAAUCAAGGUGACGAUCGGCGAAGAGAGCUGUGACGUCAACUUGAUCAGUGAGACAUCACUCGUAUGUGAAUUGCCCGAUGAGGCACCAGCAGCCGGGGACUUCAUGGGAAAAGAUACUGGGAAAGGUCUGCCUGUGGUAUGGGUUCGCCACAAUAACUUAAAAUUUAGGUUGGGCUAUUUGGUCUAUCCCAGUACGGUGCCACUUGUCGCUAUACUUGUACCGAGUUUGGUCAUUCCACUCUCCAUGGCGAUACUGCUCGCUGCUACCUUCGUGUAUUGCAGACAAUUGCGAAGGAAGCGCACCCACGACCGAAGACUUUUGGGCAGGAUAGUGGCGAUUCAUCUUGAAAUUGACUCCCACGUCAAAAGACGCAGGUGGUAUAGAUCCCAGAAACAGUCGGAAUCUGCUCAGCCAAAACAAAAGCGCAUUGUCCUGAACAACAAGGUCAGCUUCGUUCCCGACGACAUUCAUAUCGACUUCAGCCAACUGGAAUUGGGGGAAACUCUCGGACAAGGUGCAUUUGGGCGUGUACUGAAAGCUGUUCUACACGAUACGUCAGGGGAAGAUCAAAUUGUGGCCGUAAAGACAGUGCAAGACACCUCGGACCCGAAAAAUGUGGUGAAGUUCCUGGAGGAAGGCCUGAUCAUGAAAACCUUCGACCAUGUCAACGUACUGGGGCUUCUGGGGUUGACCUUUGACGCGGUCAAAAACCCCUUGGUGGUGAUACCCUUCAUGGCCAACGGUGACCUCAAGACAUAUCUGGUCAAGAAGAAACAGACCUUGGCGACAUCUCUGUUGAUGAGGUUUGCCUCACAUGCCGCACUCGGUAUGAGUUACUUGGCUCAGCACAAGUUUGUCCACAGAGAUCUUGCGGCCAGAAAUUGCAUGGUGAACAGUGAUCUUCUGGUGAAGAUAGCGGAUUUUGGACUAUCCCGUGACAUGCACGAAUCGGAUUACUACACAAGCGGCGAUGCCCAGGCUAAGCUGCCUAUCAAAUGGAUGGCUCCCGAGUCCAUGGAACGUCGAGUGUACAACGCCAGGACUGACGUGUGGUCAUAUGGUGUGCUCCUGUGGGAGAUUUUCAGUAAGGGUGCCAAACCGUAUCCAGGAAUACCCAACCAAGAUGUGUAUGAUUUCUUGAAGAGAGGUCAACGCAUGGAUGCUCCCAAGAACUGCCCGCCAGAAAUCUACGGCAUAAUGGUACGUUGCUGGCAGGACAACCCCAAAUCACGUUGCACCUUCGUCCAAGUUGCCAACGAGCUGGAAGAACUGUUGGAGGGAGACCGUGACUACGUAGCAGCUCCUAGUGCGGGUGUGGUUGGUAAGCGACCCAUCGAACAUCGCGAAGAACCUGGUGCCACAGACGACAGCUAUCUGGUCCCGAUGCAGCAGGAGACCGCCUUUGGUGCUGACGGCCCGUGUAGUGACGGAGAAACCAGCGGGAGCCAUGCGACCGCCGCCCAUGAUCCCUUGGAUUAUGUCAAUAAAAUUGUCAUUAGAUAAGUACUGUGCAAAUUAAUUGCAAAUGAUAACUUGCUGAUUUGGAAAUUUCUGCACAGAUUCCUGCAAGCUGCACAAAGCAUUGAUAUAAAAAAGGGGUGAAGUUUUCAGGAAAUUAACGACUGUCGGUAUCGCCAGAAAACUAGAAGGAACAAACCAUACUAGCAAUGUUAUUGUAUUUAACGUAUUGUACACAGGUUUUUCCAGCAUUACAUAAUUGACAUUAUAUAUUUGGAAUACCUGUAGUAAAGGAGUAAUAUUCUUAGUGGAAAGAUGGCACGUGCAUAUUUGCAUUCUUCUGCAAAAUAAAUAUGAAAUGUAGCUCAUUUUAUUGAAACGAUAUCUUGUUUACCUUAAAAAUUUACAUUUUGUUUGGUGAAAGGACAGUCUUAUGUCGAAAGUGUUCUUUAUAUGCAAGGUAUUGGAAGCUGCUCAAUGGUUGCCUAGUAAAUGUUCAAAAACAACUUGACAUAAUAGGUUAAAAAAAACCACCAGAAACAGUUGGUAAAUUCCUGCGAAAAACUUAUUUUAAAAAGUCGUGGAGUUAGAUCUGACAAUGAUUGUAGUUAGCACUGAGUGCUGUAUAAAUGCUCAUAUUCGAUAUUCAAUUGACUUAAGAUAAUCUUGCUUUUGGAUCAUUAUUUCAUUUAUUUGAUACACGGAUACACAUUUAAUCACUUUUUUAAAUUCAGAUUAUUAGCAUUGCAUAGUAACUGGUGUAUUGCUAACAUAGCCAAUAUUGAGAUUCUGUUGAAAAUGUCAAGACAAAUUUUAGUUCAGAUGUGUUGCAUCACGUACAAUAUUACAGGUUAAGUUUAAUAUCAAAUUAUUACGCAAAGGACAACAUUUAUAUAGGUUUGGGUGAGGCAAGAAUGCUUUUGAAGCCUAACCUAGGGACAGACAACAGGACAGACAGGACAAAGGACUACAACAGCGAAUGAGUGUGCAUGCAGGUACUAAGA